AUGGAUGCAUACACUUCGCUGUUGGCGCUGGCUGGAGCGCUGAUUUCUUAUUCCCUGUCCUACGUCUGCUACACCUUCUAUUGGCACCCCCUGGCCCGGUUUCCUGGUCCCCCACUUGCUGCUCUCACGCGCUUCUACCGGGCAUACAUUGACAUUUCCUGGAAGCACUCGUUUGUGCAUCAUCUGGGGGAGCUCCAUAAGAAAUAUGGCGACAUUAUCCGAAUUGGCCCGAACGAGCUGCACUUCCGCUCCCCAGCGGCAUACCUCGAGAUCUUUAACCCAGCCAAUCGCUGGGACAAGGAGGAACGGCUCUACCACAGCUUCGGCGAGGACCGCUCUUCGUUUGGGUAUCUACGCUAUGCGGAAGCUAAAGAGAGGAAGGAUAUUCUCUCGCGACGGUUUUCCCGCAAAGCCGUGCAAGACGCUCAGAAGAUCGUAGAGGGCAUAGUCCUUGAUCUGUGCAAGACUCUCGGCCAGAACAGCGAGGAGGCUGUCGACCUGUUCUAUGCGUUUCGCUGUAUGUCGGUUGAUGUAAUAACCUAUCUCUGCUUCGCAAACUCUGUCAAUGCAGUUCACGCGCCAAAAUAUGAAUCGCCCCUCCUCCUGGCCAUGGACGCCUCCAUGACCGUAUUCCCGGCUUUCAAGCACUUUGGUUUCUACAAAGAGAUGAUCAUGAACUGCCCCCCGAAACUGUCGAAGAUCCUCAGCCCUGCAACGGCAGGGCUGGUCGACCUCCAAACUCUCCUCAAAGCCCAGAUCGAAGACCUCACUUCUGACCCUUCCCAGCUGGAAAAACUGCCUCACAACACCACGAUCUACCACGAGCUCCUGCGACCCGAGGCAUACCGGACAAAAACCCAGCCCAGCAAGGGAAGUCUAUAUGAGGAGAGCCAGGCGCUCAUGUUUGGCGGCGCGGAUACAACAGGGAUGACUCUCAUGCACGGGUGUUUCUAUAUCUUGCAGGAGAAGUCCAGAGGCAUAUAUGAGCGGUUGAAGACGGAACUUGUUGAGGCGUGGCCGAGUCUUGAUGGGGCUGCACCUACUUGGGAAGAGCUCGAGAAGUUGCCAUACUUAACGGCUGUCAUUAAAGAAUCCCUCCGGAUGAGUCCCGGCGUCGCAUCCCCCCUCCCACGCGUCGUCCCUAAAUCUGGGGCCGUGAUCACAAAAACGCAUAUCCCCGGUGGUACAAUUGUCAGCCAGUCUAGCCACUUCGUGCAUACAAACCCCGACAUCUUCGAGGAUCCUCACUCCUUCAUUCCGGAGCGCUGGCUCGGCGAGAAAGGAAAGUCACUCGAUAAGUGGCUCCUAGCAUUUUCGCGGGGCCCGAGAAGUUGUCUUGGGCAGCAGCUAGCCUGGGCAGAGCUAUAUCUGACCUACGCCCAUGUAUUUCGGAAAUUCGAUCUGCAGAUUGAUCCGUCAAGUCCCAACGAGCUAAAAUGGAAAGAUACCUUCUUAGCUCAUUAUUUAGGCCCACAUCUCAAGGCUAAAUUGACGCCUGUCAUAAGCUGA